AUGGAGUGUAACAAAGAUGAGGCUAUCAGGGCCAAGGGGCUUGCAGAAAAAAAGAUGGUGAAUAAUGAUUUUGAAGGGGCACGAAACAUUGCAUUGAAGGCCAGAAACUUAUAUCCAGAACUAGAAAACAUUUCUCAGCUAAUCACAGUUUGUGAGGUUCAUUGUUCAUCUCUAAAAAAGAUCAAUGGUGCUGAAAAGGACCUGUAUGGAAUCCUUCAAAUUGAAACUGUAGCAGAUGAAGCAACUAUCCGAAAACAAUACCGAAAACUUGCACUUGCACUUCAUCCUGAUAAGAACAAGUUCCCUGGUGCUGAAGCUGCUUUUAAACUUAUUGGUGAAGCAAAUAUGAUACUUUCAGAUAAAGGAAAAAGGUCUCUAUAUGAUGUUAAAUGUAGACAACCCAUGAAAGCUCCUGCAACAAAGCCUCAAAAGCCUCAAACUCAUGGUUCAUAUGCUAGAAAACAGUUUGCAGGUCAAAACAACAACUUCAAUAGUGUCCCGAGUUCUCACUUCAAUGGUGUGAAUCAUCAUCAACAACAACAACAACCACCAGUUUCAAGCCUUCGGCCAUCUUUCUGGACUUAUUGCCCUUUUUGUAACAUAAAAUACGAGUACUACAGAGAGUUUGUGAACAGACCUUUGAGGUGUCAGCAUUGCUCAAAGCUCUUCAUUGCCUAUGACAUAAGUGCAGCAGGGGGAGUGCCUGGGUCCCGUUUUGCGCAUGAGGAGAAUCAAAGUGCAAAUCUUGGAUCCAACAGAGCUCAACCACAACCACAACCACCCUUUUCUCACACGGAAGAGGUGAAGAGACGGGAAAAAGUCAAAGUCAAUAUACAAAAAGAUGGGCAGUCUAGUCAUUUUACACAUCAGACUUCAAAUACAAAACCUGAAGCUGCUGGUAGUUCAAAAACUGUACCAAAGCCCAUGAAAACAGAACCCUCUAAAGACACAAAGAAGAAGAGAGGAAGAAAGAUUGGAGCAGAAUCUGGUGAAAGUAGUUCUGAUGCAGAAGGAGGAAAUGGGUUUGGUCCAGCUGGCAAUGGUGUCAAUUACAGAAAAUCUUCCCGCCAAAAACCACAAGUUUCUUACAAUGAAGAUGCUGCAGUUGAUGAGUCGAGCCCUCUAAAAAGAUCACGGAAAUCAUCAGAUGAUGUUGAAGAUGCGAAAGCCAAAAAGGAAAAGGAAAAAGUGUCUGGUAAUGCUGAUGUGGGCAAAGAAGGUCAUGGAAGCAUGCCAAAUGGCAACCAUGUGAAUCUUGAUGAUGAUGAUGACGAUGAUGAUGAUGAUGAACCAGAGUUUGUAAACUGCCCGGAUUUAGAAUUCAGUAAUUUUGACAAAGAUAAAGAGGAAGAUUGUUUUGCAGUUGACCAAAUCUGGGCAUGUUAUGAUUCUAUCGAUGGGAUGCCAAGAUUCUAUGCAAAAAUUAGGAAAGUUUUCAAAACCCAAUUUAAGUUGAAGAUCACAUGGUUAGAGGCUGACCCAGAUGAUGAAUCCGAAAUAAAAUGGGCAGAAGAAGGGUUACCCGUUGGAUGUGGGAAAUUUAUGGGUGGUGAAUCAGAGGAAACAAAAGAUCGUCUCAUGUUCUCUCAUCAGAUAGUUUAUAAAAACGGUUUGAAGAGAAAUUCUUUUGUUAUUUAUCCCCAAAAAGGUGAAAUAUGGGCUUUAUUCAAGGACUGGGAUAUCAAAUGGGGUUCAGACCCUGAAAACCAUUCUAAAUUCAAAUUCGAUAUCGUGGAAAUUCUUGAUGUGCAUGCUAAUGGCAGUGUAUCCGUUGCUUUAUUGGUCAAAGUCAAAGGGUUUGUAAGUCUGUUUAAGAAAACAGCUUGGGGAGGGUUAAAUGACCGAAAAAUCCCUGGGAAUGAACAUUUAAGAUUCUCCCAUCGAAUCCCAUCAACAAAACUGACUGGAGCAGAAAGAGCUGGAGUGCCACCUGGAUCUUUUGAGCUUGAUACAGCUUCUUUACCAGAUGACCUUGGAGACUAUUAUUAUUCCAUCAAUCCUGAUAAUAAUAAUAGUAAUAACAAUAAUAAUAAUGCUACUACUCCAAAGAAGAAUGUAAACCCUGAGGGUAAAAAUGGUAUUGAUAAAGACACGCUUAAUGUUCGCCGAUCACCAAGGGGAUUAAAGAACCCUAGUGAUGCCACUGCCACUGCCACUGCCACAUCAUCAAAAGGUUCAAACGCGUUUUGUGAGGAUGGUAAUUUACCAAAAAACCCAAAGAUUAUUCAUGACUUCAGUGCAGACACACAGAUAUGGAAGUUUCAUAAAGGGCAGAUAUGGGCGAUUUUGGAUACAAGUAAUGGAGUUCAUCAAUGUUAUGUAAAGAUUAUACAGAUUGAAACCCCUCCCUUCAGACUUCAAGUAUCCUUUCUUAAGUCAUGCAACAAUCAGUCAACUGUUUGUGGUUUGUUUAAAGCGACUCCUGGUAAAACAAAGCCACUACCCCCGGAGGUCUUUUCGCAUGUUGUGAAAGCAGAAGAAAAUGGGCCGAAUUUUAGUAUAUAUCCAAGGGAACAACAGAUUUGGGCUUUGAACAAAAGACAGGAUGCUGACUGUGAAUGUGAGAUUGUUGAAGUUCUUGAGAGUGAUGAAAGCAGUGUAAAAGUUAUGUCCCUGACACAUGUCCCUGGUUAUAAGUCGGUUUACAAGGCCCCAAGGGUACAAAGGUCAUCUGACAACAUUGUGGUGAUACCACAGAAGGAGAUAAACAGAUUCUCUCGCCGCAUUCCUGCUUUUCUUUUCACAGAGGAAAAAGAUGGUGCUUUGAGAGGCUGUUGGGAGCUUAAUCCUGCAGCACUUAAAGGAUUGCCCUUGAAAGGGUUUAGUGGAGGUCAACCAAACUAAUUUCAGUCAACUUUCUUGGCACAUGAAAGAAUCAGUGAAUAUUGUAGGCUUUAUAUGCAGAUUUAAAAGCCUCUCCAUUUUGUGCCUCUUUUUAUAGGUCCUCUUAUUUUCAUGUAAUUCUUUUUAACUUGUGUCUAGUUAUAUUGGUAUCCAAGAAUUAUUAAAUGGUAGGUUGUAGUAAGCAGCAAAAAAAAAAAAAAACUUCUGGGAUAUUUUUUUGUUGUAUUUGUGAGGCAGAUUUGUCUGGAAAUUUAUGUCCUUUUGGUGUUUAAAGUUUGACAACAAUCAUAUAUUGGACCAUCUGCAUCGCUUUUUUUAGUAAUGUUUCUUUUUUUAUCUUAAAAGGGC